AUGGAAAUAUUUUGGAUCGGAAUUUUGGUUUUAGAAAUGUUUUUAUUAGUGAAUAAUGAAAAUUUUCAAAAAUGAGAGGGAGAUAGAUAUAGAAUGUACAAAUGACUGCAUUUUCUUGAAUUAUUUUAUAGGUUGAGUCUGCAUUUUGGAAGCAAAAUAAGCCAAUUUUAUUUUGGAGAAAUGUUUCAGAUAUAUGCUGAAUUUUUUAUUAACGAGCAUGAAAUAUUAUUGAGCAGAAGAAAGCUAGCUUUGAAGGCGAAAAUUGUACAGGACAGUGCAAACUUCAAAAUUCGAUGUUUUGGCUAG